GUAGGAAAUCAUAAAUCAUGUGAAGAUGGGACUCUUGGUAUUUGUACGCAAUCUGCUACUAGCCCUCUGCCUUUUUCUGGUACUGGGAUUUUUGUACUACUCUGCGUGGAAGCUACAUUUCCUCCAGUGGGAGGACUCCAAGUAUGAUCGGUUGGGCUUCCUCCUGAAGCUGGACUCUAAACUGCCUGCUGAGUUAGCCACCAAGUACGCAAACUUUUCAGAGGGAGUUUGCAAACCUGGGUAUGCUUCAGCCUUGAUGACUGCUAUCUUCCCCCGGUUCUCCAAGCCAGCACCCAUGUUCCUGGAUGACUCCUUCCGCAAAUGGUCUAGGAUCCGGGAAUUUGUGCCGCCCUUUGGGAUCAAAGGUCAAGACAAUCUGAUCAAAGCCAUCUUGUCAGUCACCAAAGAGUACCGCCUGACCCCUGCCUUGGACAGCCUCAGCUGCCGCCGCUGCAUCAUCGUAGGCAAUGGAGGUGUCCUUGCCAACAAGUCUCUGGGGUCACGAAUUGAUGACUAUGACAUUGUGGUCAGACUGAACUCAGCACCAGUGAAAGGCUUUGAGAAGGACGUGGGCAGCAAAACAACCCUGCGCAUCACCUACCCCGAGGGCGCCAUGCAGCGGCCUGAGCAGUACGAACGAGAUUCUCUCUUUGUCCUGGCUGGCUUCAAGUGGCAGGACUUCAAGUGGUUGAAGUACAUCGUCUACAAGGAGAGAGUGAGUGCGUCGGACGGCUUCUGGAAAUCUGUGGCCACUCGAGUGCCCAAGGAGCCCCCUGAGAUUCGCAUUCUCAACCCAUAUUUCAUCCAGGAGGCCGCCUUCACCCUCAUCGGACUGCCCUUCAACAAUGGCCUCAUGGGCCGUGGGAACAUCCCAACCCUUGGCAGUGUGGCAGUGACCAUGGCACUACAUGGCUGUGACGAGGUGGCAGUUGCAGGCUUUGGCUACGACAUGAGCACGCCCAACGCACCCCUGCACUACUACGAGACUGUGCGCAUGGCAGCCAUCAAAGAGUCCUGGACACACAAUAUUCAGCGAGAGAAAGAGUUUCUGCGGAAGCUAGUGAAAGCACGUGUCAUCACUGAUCUAACCAGUGGCAUCUGAGGUGGGCCCAGCACGUGGCCACAGAGGUCCAUGCACCACCAAGAGCAAGCAGCAGUCACCAUCACCUGCCCACUUCACUGGCCUCAGUCUGGCUCUGCCUGAGAGGCACAGGAGUCUUCAGACCCAGAGAAGGACAGCGCUAAGUGGCCCCAAGGCUGGCGAGGCCUUGGCGGGGCAGCCAGAGCUGUGUCUGCUCAGAGGCCAGCCUCAGAGACCAGCACUCAGCCUCACUCUCAGCCUGGGUCCUUAAAGCCAGAGGGCCAGGAGGCCACUGGCCAUGCCUAGCGGGCCCAGCAUGCGGGAGGUGGACAUUAGGCAGCAAGGCUGCUGCCGGAAUCAUUUCUCCAAUCAGUGUUUGGUGUAUUAUCAUUUUGUGAAUUUGGGUGGCGGGAGGGUAGGGAUAAUUUAUUUUUAAAUAAGGUUGGAGAUGUCAGUUUGGUCCACUUGCUGUACGAAAAGAGGCCCAGUAGAGAGCCCAUCAGGCAGUGGUACCAGUGGGCUCCCUGUAGAGUAGGAGAGUCGGGACUAUCCUGUACCCUGCACUGGGCUACAGGGAAGUAGGCAGGAUCUCAUGCCAGCCCCCUCCAGCUCAUGACACUGUUUGGCCUUUCUUGGGGAGAAGAUGGGGUAUUCCCAUUCACCAGCCCCUAGCUGUCCCACAGGGAAACCUUGGAGCCAUCCUUUAAACCAACAAGACAGCCUCAGGCUAGAGCAGAGAGAACUUCCAAGCCCAGGAGGCCAGGUGAGGCCCAGCCUGGUGGAAAUGGCACUACCACCCCCCCACCACUGCAACUGACCCAUAGGACAGUGUGCCAGGCCUGGACUGACUGACUGGGCAGCUGUUCUGGGCUUUAGCAAUGAGACUGCCACGUCCUUGGGUUCGCCUUUAGCCUGGACCAGAGGGAAGUGAGGCUCAAGGACCUUACCCAGACUGUGGCAGUCGUCCUGGGCAGCCAUCAUGGAAGCAAUAAAGCUCUUCCCUGAACCUGGC